AUUGACGAUGAUAACAGUAAUAAUAACAACCCUUCGAAAAGGAUUCACCUAAGAUGUACCUUUAAACAUUUCGCGUGUGUGUGAACGGAUACCUUUUUUUACGGAAUAUAAAUUUCACUCUCUUGCUCGACGAGCCGAAUUGAGAAAUAAAAAACGGGAAGGAAAAAUCGAAGAGAAAAAUUAUCGUCACAUACGUCCGCACGGAGAGGAAGGUGUUGCAAUUUGAGCAAAGGAAGGUACCAGCCGUUAUACCAUACGUACCAUACCACACACCGCUGUGCAAAGUCUCGAGAAACCUCGAAAGAUUUGCAUAACUUGAGGCUAAAAAAUCACGCUUCAUGUAUUAUUUGUAUUUUUUGUCUCGGUUCUUCUAAAGGUAAAAGUUGGUUUCUUUCGAACGAACGGAUCGACGAAAGAAUUGUUCGACAAAUUUAACGAAUCAUUCGUUCGAUUCUAUAAAUAUUGAGUCGAUCGAAAAGACGAAGAAAAGAACAACAAGUAAUCGGAAGCGAGCUGAUCGACGUUUCAGAAAAUUUACACAGAAGUAAAGGAAGAGAGAAACCAGAAUCGAAAUAAAUUAAAUAGAUUCAAUAUAGAUAAUAACGAUAAUAACAACAAUAUUGAUAAUAAUAAUAAUAAUAAUAAUAAUAGUAGAAAAUUCAAGUGUGCGAAGCGGGAGUGAAUUUAAUUUAACAAAAAUGAAUAUUAUAAAGUUGAAGAAAAAAAAAAUUUUAGUCACUUAAGGCUGCAAUAGUAUUGCAAUAAAAAUAUAGAUAUAAAAUAUAUAUAAAUAUAUAUAAUAUAAUUAUUAUUAUUUUUUUUCAUUUUUGUUUGAUUUUUUUUUGGUUCGUUUCUCGAUUAGUCAAAAAUUAUAAAUAGAAAAAAAUUUCACAAGAGAGAAUCGUGAACGUGCGCGCGUGUACAUUCAUGUGGUAUAUACAUAUAUUCUAUUAUACGAAGGACCAUUGAUUGGUCGGAACGAUAAAAAAAAGAUUGAUUAAAAUAUAUUAAAAAUUAAAUAAAUUGAAAAAACAAAAUGCAGGUUGCAACACUCUUCAGGGAAAGUGCCACCCUGCUCGGUGCUUCUAGUUUAGAUCCACCCCAGACUCAUCUUCAACCUUUACAACAACAUCAUCAGCAUCUCCAACAGCAACAGCAACAACAACAACAACAACAACAACAACAACAUGGAGAUAUGCAUCUCGGGCAUAAUCACCAUAUGCAACAUCAUUACAAAAUGUCGUAUCCUUCGCCUGUACAAAAUGGGGUUCAAAACGGUCAGACGAUGAAUUGCUCAAACACACAAGGUGGAAUCAUGGUGAAACAGGAAGCGAGAGACGACGGCUACGAGACGAGUCCGGAUCUGGAACUCAGGAGUAGCGGAGGCGACAGUAGCCAACAAUAUCACACACCUCUUACACCGCACACACCGCACACGCCUCACACGCCUCAUACGCCCUUGACUCCCAUGUCGGCGACGUCUCAGCAGCUGGGAAGCAGCGCGACGAAUCUCAAUCAGGUGACGAUAAAAUGCGAAACACCGGUGGAUCCGUACUCGUUCGUCGACGAGGAAAUGUCGAUGGGUGGAGGCAUGAGAGCGGCGAGCAGUCCCGGUAGCAAUCAAGAAAAUAUGACCUGUCCCGGCGGUGCUCAGUCGAGAACGCCGUCCACGCCUCCGGGUCAUCUGCAAAAUCAUUCGCCCGGGAACAUGAACAAUCAACACCAAAUGGGCAUCUCCAUGAACGGAACCAACCUCCAGCUACCUCAUCAGCCCAAGAAGAGGGGAAGGAAGAAGAAGUCCGAGAUGAUUUUGACUCCCGAAGAGGCCGAGUUGGCCGAGGCUAAGAAGCGAGCGAAAACCUACAAAGAAAGAAAGAAGCACGAUAGAUUCGACGGGAUGCCCGAAGAAGAAGUCAGUAAACGAGUCCUGCCCGAUCACCUUACCAGUAAUCUUGAUAUCAUCAUUAUCGGCAUAAACCCAGGAUUAUUCGCCGCGUACAAAGGUCAUCACUACGCGGGACCCGGGAAUCAUUUUUGGAAAUGUCUUCACCUAAGUGGACUGACCCCCGAACCUCUGACUGCUGAUGACGAUUACAAAUUGCUGCGGCUUGGUAUCGGUUUCACGAAUAUGGUUGCCCGUGCCACCAAAGGAAGUGCAGAUCUCACUAGGAAAGAAAUCAAAGAAGGAAGUCACGUGCUGCUUGAAAAGCUGCAGAAGUAUAAGCCGAAAAUAGCCGUCUUCAAUGGUAAAUUGAUCUAUGAGGUAUUCUCUGGUAAAAAAGAAUUUGGAUUUGGAAGGCAACCCAAUCUUGUCGAUGGAACCAACACGUAUAUGUGGGUGAUGCCAUCGAGUAGUGCAAGGUGUGCACAGUUACCAAGAGCUGCGGACAAAGUUCCUUAUUACGCUGCGCUGAAGAAGUUCCGUGACUACUUGAACGGAGCGAUAACACAUCUUGACGAAGCGGACAUAGUAUUCGCAGAUUCAAAAUUGAAGAAAAAAGAGCCAGAGUUGAUGGAGGAUAGAAAGCCAAUAUUUGACGAUUUUGCUCCAGAUGGAGACAACAGAAUAACAGACCUGAGCAACACGGUGAUAAAACAGGAACCUGGUACAGUGCCUGGUAAAAAAAAGCGGGGUAGACCAAAGAAGAUAAAGACAAUCGAAGAACAGCCCGCCCCAGAUCCGGAAAAAUUGGACGCCAAUGGCGAGGUAAUAAAGAAGCGGAGAGGUAGACCGAAAAAAAUACACCAACAACAAAAACAAGAAAAAGAAAGUAGGGAACGAGAAUCCCAUCAGCAACAACAACAUCAACAACAGCAGCAGCAGCAGCAACAGCAGCAGCAGCAGCAGCAGCAGCAGCAGCAGCAGCAACAACAACAGCAACAGCAGCAGCAACAGCAUCAACAGCAACAGCAACAACAGCAACAACAACAGCAUCAUAAUUUGAACAAUCAUCACAACGACAACUAUUCAAACUCUGUGCCAAACUGUUUUUCACCCCCGAUAAUGUCGCCGCCAAACAGUUUCCCCCACAUGGCGCCAUACCCGCAGUCGAUGGGGGAUUCGGGAUUCUUUGGACAAGGGUUGAACGACAGCCCUUACAACAUGAGCGCAAAGCAGAGCCCCGUUCAUAUGCAGCAUUACAGUCAGAGUCCAAAAUCGAUGUCUUUAUCGUUUACGCAUUCGGAUCUUUCCUCGGAGAUAAACACAGCCAUAUCAUCUGAAAAUAAUCUCGAACCGUCCCCCCUGACUUCUCCGAGUGUCGAGCACCCGGAUUUCGAACCGCCGACGAGUAUUUCGCAACAAAAUCUAUCCGCCACCGAUCAUCGCUCCUAUAAUCCAGGAAGCGGGGAUAACAACGGACACCACAGUAACCCAGGGACUCCGUCGCAUUCAAGCUACAAUAGUUACUUGGGGUAUCACGACAGGCAACAGGAUUCUCACAAUACUCAUCCACAUCAAACAACCCCGACUCCUCUCAGUCAACAAGGAAAUGACGAGCACUCUCAUCACUCGCAUCAAACUCCUCCCCACACCCAUCCUCACACGCCGACACAUCCUGCGAUGUCUCCCCACUCGCACGAACAGUACGCCGUCAAAAGAAACAACAGCGGCCAGGAUGUUUCGUCGAAGAGUCUGAGCGAUUUGGAGUCUCUGGUUGACCAGAUACCUAGCAUAGCGGAUGGUGGAAACCAGCGUCAUCCAUCUCAAAGUGUAAUGAGCGACGAAUCCCUCGUUGAAAAAAUGGACACUCAUCAUCAGUCGUCGUAUUUGUCAGGUUUUUCGACAUCCGCGAUGUCGAACUACAGUCCACCCCCUGCUCCGCCAGGUAGUGGUUUAUAUCCUGGAAGUCUGCACCAUUCACCAGCGGAUAACUACGGCUCCCUUUACGGGAUGAAUAAUCGACAUCAUCCGGAGGCGCAGCAACACAGCAAGUCCUACACGGUUGAAAAUUUGACCUCCAACAACUACAGCUCGAGCAUCAAUCACCCGCAUCCCGGUAAUUCCUAUCCAAAUAUUAUUCCCGGUCCACAUUAUCCGGUGCCGAUGGGAUCGACGAAUGGAUAUUUAUUCGGUGGACUCGAAUCGAGUUUGAUGCAACGCACUUACGGAAUGGGAGGAAUGAGCGGGAUGGGCGGAAUGCAUCCGUCAUUGGGACCGAUGGGUAAUCCUUAUCCUUACAACGGGUCUUACACCAGUUCAUUUGACGCUUAUCCUCCGCCCCAUGCGGGGAUUCAUGCACCAAGUGCAAAUUAUCCAGGAUAUCCCGGUGGAGGUGGUCCUGGACCAGGAGGUUCGGCGUCUUCCUACCUUUCCUCGCAUCAUAGGCCACCCGUUGACCUUGCGUACGACGCUGUAUGAUAAUCAAAGUAAUCGAUGUAUAUCCACAAUCUUUUUUCUAUUUUUACAUAUAAUUAAGAUCUGAGUUUAUAAAACUAGCUUAACUCGUAACGUCGAUGCGCGAUUCAAAUCUUUCACAUUUUUUAAUUUAUUAUAAAAGUUUAGUUCGAAAAUAAUGAAAUUAAGUGAGAAAUAAAAUACAGAAGUUGAUGGAAACAAUUUUUUAUUAUUCUAUUCUAUUAAUUUUUUUUUCUUUCUUUGUUAAUUGUUUAAAAGCGUAAUAAAUAAAAUAAACGAACCGGUUCUUAUUUUAUUUUAUGUUUUUUUUAUUUUUGUUGUAUAGAAAAUGAAAAACGUAUAUAUAUUAGAUAUUUAUUGUCGAUUAUUGAAAGUUAAUGUUGAAAUUUGAUUCAUUCAUCUUUGUAUUUUGUUUUUCUCUUUUCAAUAAAUGGCAAUUAUUCGCUACCAAAAAUACCGUCGUCGUCGUCUUUUUCGCAAAAACAUCGACGCUACUAGUUCGGAGGAUUAAUAGAAUUGCUCCGAGAAAAUCUCCGGCCAAGGAUUUGUUGUAUUUCCGAUUGUCGAUGAUCUUAAAAAGUUUAUAAAAUACUAAUUCCGAUUCUCUUCCGUUGUGAAACUGCACCAGCUGUAUUUCACUGAUAAAACUUGUUUCAUUUCUAUUUUCUUUCAUUUUCAAAUUAAAUAAAUUUCACGGCUUGUAUUAAAAUUUUCUAAAAAAAUAUACAUACAAACAAUUUCAAUACAUUAUAUGUAUUGUACACCUAUGUGCUAAAUUCCUAAAGCGCAUCCCCAAGGGGUAGGGCUGACUUAACUGAAAAUACGUAUAUAAAAACGACAUUAUCGAAGUGAAUUAUAAUAAGCCAGGACACUUUUAGUGCCAUUUUAAAAGAAAGAAAUAAAAUAACGAGAUAAAAUUAGAGAAGAAGUUGGAACAAAAAACUUAUGCUACUGUAUAAAUGCGCAGGUUUUUAAUCCUAUACGAUACAAAAAAUAUCGAUAUGACACUAAUAUUAUUAUUAUUAUUAUUAUAAUUAUUACAAUUAUUGUUAAUCAUAUUCUAUGCAAUUGUUAUAUGUUUAUUCCGUUUUUAGAUGUGAAACACUUUUAUUAUUAUGAUUAUUAUGAUUAUUAUUAUUACUAUUAUUAUCAUUAAUUAUAAAUGCUAUUACGAAAUAUAAAAAUAAAAUUAAAAUAAAAUUAAAAUAUAUAUAUAUCAUAUAUAUUAUUGGACAUAAUUGUUAUUUGUAGGUAUAAUGACAGAUAUAUAAGAAAAGAUUAGAAACUGAUGAUGGAAAAUAUUGAUGAAAAACAAACAAACAAAAAGAAUUAAGUGAACAAAUAAAUAAAUAAACGAAAGAAGAAAGCUAGUUUUCUAUAAUAUGAAUGGCAAGAAAGUCGAGUAGCGUUGAAUAAAAAAAAAAAAAAAAUUAAACAUAAACAAUUACGUAAAGUUAUGAUAAAACAAUCAUGAUAGUAUAAGGUAAUGAAAAGAUGUCAAGUUGAAUAAAUAACAAAUUACAUUCAAUCCUGACGAUGUACAGCUGCGAUGAGAAGUGAACGAGGACACAAAAAACCCAACUGAAUUAAUAAUAAAAACAAUAAUUGUAAUUAUGAUAAUAAUAACAGUGAUUGGAAAUAAGAGAUGAAAUUAAUAAUUGAAAAAAGAAGGUAUCGAAAAAUCGCAGUUUUUAUACGAAUAAUUUUCACAGUUACUAUAGUAAUUUUACCAUUAUAUUGUUAUCAUUGUAAUAAUUCUAAUUAUUAUUUUAUGAAUAUAUAGUUGUAAUCGCGAUACGUUGUAUUACCUAAUAGAAGGAAUGAAAAGAAAGCAAAGAAAAAGAAAAUAAUGAGAGAAAUUAUGAUUAUUAUUUGAUGUGUAGAAAAUCAACAGCCUUGUGGUGAUCUCUACGUGCAAUAUUAUUAUUAUUAUAAUACCUACAUACUUACUACGUAUAAAUGUAUUUAAUUAUAUUGACAUUUUAGAUUUUACAUUGAAAAACACACACACACACACACACACACAGUCCACACGUAAAAGUAUAAAAUAUAUUGAUGAUACAUUGAGAAUUAUGUGGAUUUGAUGCAUUAUAAUUAUUAUAUUCGUUGAAAAUUCGUUGAUUUAUUUCUUCAUCGAUUAUUUGCUUUCCUUUUUUCCUAAUUACCAUUCUGAAGCAGAAUUUGUCUGAUAAUCGCAUGUAAUAAUUUUUCCUAUGAGAAAUUUUUUGCUCUCUCUCUUUUAUUUUUCAUCUGACUUCUGGGAGAAUCAAUCAAAAAUAAUUUUCGUCGCAUAUCAAAUUAUUCAUGUAUAACACGCAAACACAUUUACACACGUAAAUACGUACGCAUUAUAAACUUCAUGUCAUGAUAAUAAUGACGAUGAUGAUUAUGAUAAUAAUAAUAAUAAUAGCAGUAGUAAUAGUAAUAAUGAUCAUAUUAGUAUAAUAAUAAUGAUGAUAAUAUGUAAAGCUUAUUGUGUAAAGCGAAAAUGUUAUUAUAAUUAAUUAAAAUAUGUUGUUAAUCUCUUCAGUUUAUUCAUCCUUUUUUCUGCAUUAUACAUUAAAAUAUUCUACAGCAUAAUAUGCACAUCCAUAUGUAUACUAUAUUAUACACAUAACAACAAUAAGUAUGUUAUACUUAUAGGAGAAAAAACUUCUUUUUUUCUAAUUCAUUCUAUUUGAAUAAUCUUUUUUCUCAAUUUUGAUCCGAUAUCACGAACUUGGCCUUUACGGUAUAUUUAUUAUACGAAAUAAUAAUCAAUCAAAAACGAUCAAUCGGACUUUUAAUAAAUUAAGCAAAAGAUUAGUAUAUAUUACAGAAGAAUAAUUAUUGACAUCUGCGAAUAUAACAUAAUGUGCAAUAACGAAAUUUACUAACGUUUAUUGUUUUAUGGGUUUCUUGAUUGAGAAUUUUACCGCGAUGAGUAAUAAUAACAAUGAGAACAACAAUCAUUUGAUAAAGAACAAUGCUCAUAUUGUUGAUGUGAGUUCAUAGUUUGAAAUUAUUUUUAUUCAUUUUUUUUCUUCGAUUUUAAACUAUUAUCUGCAUCAUCGUCGUUCGAUUAAGUAAUGGCUACAUUAAAUAAAAAUUGAUAAUAUUCGUUCAUGAAAAAUAUACUUGUGAUUUGUAAAUUUGUUAUCGUUGUUAUAUCGUUAUCAUAAUACUACUCCUACUAGUACUACUACUACUACUACUACUACUACUACUACUACUACAACUACUACUACUACCACUACUGAUACUGAUACUACCGAUACUACUACUAAUAAUAAUAAUUGUAAUAAUAAUAACAACAAUUAGUAGCUAACACAAUAUUAUUAAUAGAUAGUAAAAUAAACAUUAGCUGUAAUUAUACAAUAAUGAUAAUUAUUACACUGUAUAAUGUAUAUGGUAUAAAUAUGAAUAUAAUUUUGCGAAAAUUGAUUGAUUAAUUAUCGUCUUUUUAUAUACUAAUACUAAUAAUAAUACUAAUAAUAAUAAUAACAAUAACAACAACAAUUAUACAUAUGUAUGUGCUAUACGCGUAUAUCAAUUAUAAGAUGAAAGAUUAUAAUUAUGAGAAAGGAAGAGACACACACGAACUAAUUCAUUAUAUCACAUAAAAAAGAAAAAAAAAUGGUAAAAUUUUUCCUGUCGCUGCAGUGUUUUAUGGCUGUAUAGCAUUAUUAAUAUCUGUAGGUAUAAUAAUUAUUAUACUUGUAAACAUAACAAUAACAAUAAUAAAAAUAAACAUAAUGAUAACGAUAGUAAUAAUGCAUUCAGCAUAAUUUUAUACACGUAAUAA